AUGAGUGUGAUGGAACGAAAGGUCGAUGUUGCUUGUUGUGGAGGAACUGUCAAGGUAAAAUACGCUUUUUUAAUUAUCCUCUAGCUAUAAAACAUUAACUAAAUAUUUUUCGAAAAUAUCGUUCAUUCAGGACGUUGUCACCAGAAUUGGAGUCAUCGGAAUUGUCUUUAGCCUGAUCUCAAUGCUCGCAUUGCUCACAGGAGAUCCCUCUUCUGGCGGGAAUGUGUUCUAUUUCAUAUUCUGCAUCCUGCUCAUAUACGGUGCAAAUUCAAACAAGCCUGGGUACUUUUGGCCAUUCUUGAUUUAUAAUGUAAGUUUUAAAACCAUGAAUGAGUCUGAUAAAUUUUGUAACUAAACCCUCCUUUCAGGCAAUCCUAAUUGUCCUCAACAUCCUCGCUACCAUCAUGUUAUUAGCGUUACUGAUCGCGGUUGCCAAUCAUAAUCAUCGAGACUCUGCAGGAACUGCGGCAUUUGUAUUUUUUGUUACAAUAGUUAUGACCCUGGUGGCUUGUCUCAACAUCUUCUUCGAGCACGUUGUCUAUAGAUGCUAUAGGACGGCUACUAGUAACGACAAUGAGUUCAACUCUGUUUAA